CCCCCUUGUCCCCUCCCACCCCAGAGCAUCUCCCUUGCAGCUGCACGGCUCCUCCAAGAGCUGUUGACAGAGCCAAGCAGCCUCUGGCAGCUGCGAACAAGCCAGCCCCCCUUCCCACCCCUUUGCACUGUCCCCUCCUGAAAUUGCAUCGCCUCCUUGGAAGAGCUGGAGAGAGACACGCACAGCCAGCCCCGCUGCUCAGCCAACUUUGCUCUCGCUCCUGGCUAGGGCUCCCCCAACUUCGCCCUCCCUCAUUGGCUUUUCUGUGCAGAGCUGCCAGAGUUGCCUAGUGCACCCCCGGAGCGGGGAGAAUGCACAGAGCCAGCUGGAGCCCGGGGAAGUGAGCGUGCGAGUGCCCCAGGCAGGAGGUUGCCCUGGAGCAGGGGCUGGGGGCUUUCCAUAGCCCUGUGUUUCUCAACCUUUUUGAUACCAGGGACCGGCUUGCUGCCUUCCUAAACUGUGUCAGGGAGAUCUCAGGAACCAGUGCCAGGACCCUCCAGCUUUGGAGUGGGGUGUCCUGCGUUCGCAGCCCCCACCCUCGCUGGCUGGGAGUUUGCCCGGAGCCCGGCAAGAGUCCCCAGCACCCCAACAUGGACACGGUGGCCAGCGACAUCGCGGACCUCAGCAGCCAGGACGCGCAGAGCGUGUGCGAGGCACUGGGGCGCUACGAGGACACGCUGCGGGGCGCCGUGCGGGAGAUCCACGUGGACAUCCAGGUCUUCAAGCAAGGGGUGGACCGGCAAGUGGACGAGGUACUGCGCGUCGCCAGCCCGCUGGCCCGCACCGUCGCCGAGCUACAGCAGGAGAACCAGCGGCUGCGCGCGCAGGUGGAGCGCCUGGCCAGGCAGGUGGAAGCCCUCAGCAGGUCGGCGGGGCUGCCAGACAGCUGGGCUGCGGAGUGCGGGGCAGCCGGGGGGCCCAGCUCUCCAGGGGCUGGCGCAAGGCGGGCCAGGUUCUCCAGCCAUGCCACCUUAUCCAUGACCGGCAAGAGCCAGAGCGUGGACCUGGAUGACCACAACGAACCUGAGACUAGAAGAGUUUCUAAUUCGUCCAUAGUUGAAAACGGACACCAGUCUUUGUCAGGUCAGGCAAAAGUCUCACAGGAAGUGACCUCUUCCCUUCAGAUGUCAAACUCAUCCCCCGAGGCACAUGCCCCUGCAGUAACCUUACGGAUGCCCCACCUUCCUGUUACUGCAAUAACAAGAGUAUCAGAGAAGUUUUCAGGAGAAACCUCCACCUUAUCAGGAACUAGUAAUGCUACCAGUGGCCUGAUAGGGCAGAGCAGGAGCCAGAAUGAGGCUGUGAUAAAAACUUCCAGCCAAUCAGUGACUGCUGUGAAGACCUGGAAUUCAAGUUCUGUGAGAACAAUGGGCACCUCCAUAGCUGCAGAGAAAAGCACUUCUGUCACAAAGUCUACAUCAGCCAUGAGCUAUGGAUUGACUAGUGGAACCAAAGCUAGUGAAAGCAAUACCAUUGACAGUUACUAUGAUGUGACACCCAAAUCCUGCUCCCCGCCUCCGACUGUACAUCGCCAAGUGGAAAGGAGGCGAGAACUGGUGCGGUCUCAGACAUUGCCACGCACUUCAGGAACACAGUCCAGGAAAGCGCUCUUUGAGAAAUUUGAGCAGGACAGUGGGAAAGGAAAAGGAGAAUCCAAAGCAAAGCUGAAGCGGUCACAGAGUUUUGGGGUUGCCAGUGCAAGCAGCAUCAAGCAGAUUUUACUGGAUUGGUGUCGCUCCAAAACCAUAGGAUACAAGCACCUUGAUCUACAGAACUUCUCCUCGAGUUGGAAUGACGGGAUGGCAUUCUGUGCCCUAGUGCAUUCUUUCUUCCCCGAAGCCUUCGAUUAUAAUGCGCUUGACCCAGCUAACCGCAAGCAGAACUUUGAGCUGGCUUUCACCAUGGCUGAGAAACUAGCUCACUGCGACCGCCUGAUAGAAGUGGACGACAUGAUGGUGAUGGGACGCAAGCCAGAUCCCAUGUGUGUUUUCACCUAUGUACAGUCACUAUACAAUCACCUGCGUCGCUUUGAAUAAAUACACCCGGGAAGCUUGAAUACAA